CUCUGCUAUUCUGGAAAUCCCUGCCCCCGAAUAAGCCUAGCUGGACAGAAGGAAGGAGGGAGGGAGGGAAGGAAGGAAGGAAGGGAAGGGCCAGCCCUUCGCACUGUUACUUUGAUCCCGCGACCCCAGACAGUCGGCAGCUGCUUCGCAGGCGCCUCCAAGGUGGAGCCUCUUCCUGAGCCUGCCGGUCUCCCGCCUCCCUUCCCAGCGCAGAGACGGCUGCGCGGCGCUGCCGAAGGCUCGACGGAGCCGCUGCAGACGAGGCUCCUGGUGCGCCUCCCAGAAAAGCUGUGAUCGAAGAGCUGGAACAAAAGGACAAAAGGACAAUUUCUUUUCUUUUCUUUUAAAAAAAGAAAGGCGAUAAGAAGAAGUAUCCUUCCAUCUCUUUGCUUUGAUCUGCAGAUGAAGACCUAUCUUGGCAGUUUCCAAUUCUUUGAGUUACCUUGAGCUAAUACACAGAUUAAUCGUACUUUUGUUUGCUGCUCAUCUUGUUAAUUGACACCAAAGGGAAAUAGCUGACUUAAAGAUGUUCAAGAAAAUGGCCAAGUUCCCCAAAUGCCUUCUGUAGGCAGGAAUGGACUAGAUGAGAGAUAACAGAUGGACAUCGAAUCGGAGUAACAUGGUGUCUCUUGUGAACAACUUCAAAGAUGUGGUAGAUCUGUCUGUUCUGAAUGGACUUGAAGGCGGAAGUAUGCAUUUUUUAAGUGUUUGUGGAUCCAGAACUCUCUCUGAUUUCCUAGAUCAAAGCAAUGGACAGGAACACCUUUGAUCAGCUUUUCUGAUGUCGAAUAAUCCUUGUAACAGGUAGUAUUCCCUGCACAUUCUGCCUUCAACUGGCAGUCACCUUUUUAAACUAACUUUACCUCAGUUUAAAAAGCGGUAAUUCCUCUUCAAGCUAUGGCUGCGGCAAAGAAAUGUUCAAGUACGUCCCCUCCCGAUGGCGGAUGGGGAUGGAUGAUUGUGAUUGGCUGCUUCCUUGUUACGAUCUGCACUCGAGCUGUGACCAGAUGUAUUUCAAUAUUUUUUGUGGAAUUCCAGACUUACUUUGCACAAGAUUAUGCCCGGACAGCUUGGAUUCAUUCCAUUGUAGACUGUGCUACUAUGUUGUGUGCUCCUCUUGGGAGUUUCAUCAGCAAUCAUGUCUCUAGCCAAGUGGGAAUCAUGCUUGGAGGACUCCUUGCAUCUGCUGGAUUUAUCUUGAGUUCCUUUGCCACCACCUUGGAGCAUCUUUAUCUUUCCUUGGGCAUUCUUACAGGAUUGGGGUUUGCUCUUUCAUAUUCUCCAGCUGUAGCAAUGGUGGGCAACUAUUUUCACAAGAGAAAAGCCCUGGCGUAUGGAAUCGCCAUGUCAGGCUGCGGCAUUGGGACCUUCAUCCUGGCUCCUGUGGUCCAGCUUCUGAUUGAACAUUUUUCCUGGCGCGGCGCCUUGCUCAUCCUGGGCGGUUUUGUUUUGAACCUCUGCGUCUGUGGCGCCUUAAUGAGGCCAAUUGCUGGAGAAGAAAACCAGAAGAACAUGCUGGAAUUCUCUGAGCUUGAGCUGGAGGCGCCAAAGCCAGACUUCAAGCAGUGGUCUUUCUGUUCUCCCGUGAUCAAGCUAUGGUCUCACAAGUGGGUGUGCCGCUGCUCGCAGCAGGAGUACAACUUUGUACUGACCCCAGACUUCGUGGUGCUCGCAGUGUCCAUCUUAUUCAUGGCUUAUGGCUGUAGUCCACUCUUCGUGUACCUGGUGCCUUACUCAUUAAGUGUCGGAGUCAGCCACCAACAGGCGGCUUUUCUCAUGUCUGUCCUUGGAGUCAUUGACAUCAUCGGCAAUAUUACUUUUGGAUGGCUCACAGAUCAAAGGUGUUUGAAGAAGUACCGUUACGUUUGCUACCUCUUUGCAGUGGCAAUGGAUGGUCUCUGUUGCCUCUUCCUUCCGGUUCUCCAAAGCUUUUCACUCCUGCUGCCUUUCUCUUUCACCUUUGGCUAUUUUGAUGGCGCCUACAUCACUCUAAUUCCUGUGGUGACAGCGGAUGUUGUGGGGACUGCUUCCUUAUCCUCCGCCCUUGGAAUGAUUUACUUCCUUCAUGCAGUCCCUUACCUGGUCAGCCCACCUGUUGCAGGUUGGCUUGUGGAUACAACUGGCAACUACACUGCAUCUUUCCUGCUUUGUGGGUUUUCUAUGGUACUCAGUUCGACGCUGUUGUGCUGCGCACGACUGGCCAAGAUCACACCCACGUCCCCAGGACCAGGGAGCAGAGACACUCAGGCCAAACAAGAAAGUUGGACAAAUGGAACCAUAGUUUAUCUGGUAACGGGAGAACUGGAUCAAAGAGGUGAAGAACUGUUGGCUGGGGAGCCAAACAGCCACAGCAAAAGAUGACAGACGUACCAACGCUCCCUCUUCUUGCCUAAACCAGAUAUUGCUAAGUCUGCUACACAGUUGAUUUUUUCUCUCUCCAGUAGAGGGAGGGAGGAAUCACAGAAUUUUCAUUCAGAAACAUUCUGUCUUCCUAGCAAAUUAAAAAGCCUGUAGUAAACAAAGGCUUCAGUGAUCAUGAUGAUUUUGACAAAUGUGAUGGGAUCCCAGUACUGUAGUGCGAGGCAAAUGAACUCAAUGUUAGAAACAACUUGUAUUCACAGGGAAAGGAAGAAACAGGACGCAGAAAUGGUUCAAAUGAUGUGGCGCAGUAAGCCCUCUAACGACAUUUUUUUUAGGUCUCUAAAAAUCUGUCGAAAUGCAUCAGCAUUGUUUGCAAGGAACCGUUAUGAAGAUCCAUGUCUCACAGUGUGACUUGCCUCCUUUUUGUUGGGAAAAAACCCAAGCCUUUUACCUAGAUUUGGAUAUGCAGAUUAAAAACGGACAUUGGAAGGCUGAAGCAUCUCAGAGGUUUCCUUUGCAAAGCAUCUGAAAAUAAUUCAGACUAGUGUGACAACAUUGGAAUGGAAGAUCAUUCAAGCAAUUUGGUACCCCAUGGGUGAAUUUAUGAAUCUUAAGUUCCCCAUGGGCCUAAGGAGCCCUGGAAUUCUGCUGCAAUGAUUUAUUUCUGUUCAUAAUUCGAUUUCAUGUCUAGAAGCCACAGAGUUGACUGUCUUUUAUGUGGUUCAUAGAGGCAUGGAUGCUGGCUUGUGCAAUAAUGUCCAAAACACAGCUACCAUAUUACUGCUCUUGCUGGGGAAAAAUAAAUUGUAAUAAAUUUGCACCAAUUUUAUUAGCAAGAAAUGUCUGUAAUACUCACAUAUAUUUUAUAUGGUGAUUGGGAUUGACUUUUAUCUGAGUGUGGUUGUUUUAAUUCUUGCUUUAUAUAUAAAGAGGUUUAUAGUAGAAUGUA